UCCAAUCAAAAUUUUCAGCAGAUCAUUCUGUAGGGCAGAUCAUUGAGAGAGAUAGAACACUCCAAUAAUUCGAAAGAUUAUCUUUGAAGGUUUUCAUUCCUUUCGAAAGGCUAUUAAAAACCUCUUAAGUUAAAAGGCUUACCAGCGGCAGUGCCAUUGUGGUAGACGUAGACUGAAUAACACUGCACAUUUCCACGCUCCAAUUACAAUCGCAAAAUGCCAUUGCCAUUCCCUACUCAUCCCAAUCUCACACCAUUAUGUCAAGGGAGGCGCUACACAUUCUGCUUACUACACACAAUCCCCCUGAAGACCACUCUACAUAUCUUCAAUUAUUGCAGAUCUGUAUUCUCAAGAAAACCCUUUCACAAGGGAAAAAUGUUCACGCUUUCAUCUCUCACAGGCGAUUUGCUUUUGCUACACAUACAAAUUUUCAUAAUAAGCUUAUUCACAUGUAUGUCAAGUGCGGGAGUUUGGUUGAUGCGCGUAAAGUGUUUGAUCACAUGAAACAACGAGACAACGUCUCAUGGAAUACAAUUAUUGCAGCGUACAGAAGACAUGGGUAUCCUCACGAGGCAGUCACACUGUUUCAACAUAUGGAACAAACAGGUUCGCAACCCGAUAAAUUCACAUUUGCUAACGUACUUCCAGCCUGUGGCAAGAUGGGAGCUUUGGAACAGGGUAUGGACAUCCAUCAAAGCAUAAAGGAUAGAGGAAUUUUGUCAGAUGUUAGAGUUGCAAGUGCCCUGGUAGACAUGUACGCAAAAUGUGGAAGCGUAGACAAGGCACGUGAACUGUUUGAUAAAAUGCCUCAAAGGGAUGUAUUAUCGUGGACUGCAAUGAUUGCAGGAUAUGUACGAAAUGGAUUUGUUGAUAAGGCCUUAGAAACUUUCAAACAGAUGCAAUCGGCAGGUGUAAAACCAAAUUCCACAACCUUUGCCAGCAUCCUCCCUGCCUGUGCCAAAAUGGGAUCACUAGAACAGGGUAUGGACAUCCAUCAAAGAGUAAAGGAAGAGGGACUUUUAUCAGAUGUUAUAGUUGCAACUGCCUUAGUAGACUUGUAUGGAAAAUGUGGGAGGGUUGACAUGGCACGUGAAUUGUUUGACAAAAUGCCUCAAAAAGAUGUGAUCUCAUGGAAUGCCAUGAUUGCAGGAUAUGCACAAAAUGGAUUGGUUGAUAAGGCUUUAGAAAUUUUAACGCAAAUGCAAUCGGCAGGGGUAAAGCCAAAUUCCACAACCUUUGCUGGCAUCCUCUCCGCCUGUGCCAAAAUAGGAGCUUUGCAGCAGGGUAUAGACAUCAAUGAAAGCAUCAAGGAUAGAAAGAUCUUGUCCGAUGUUGUAGUUGCAACCGCUCUAGUAGACAUGUAUGCAAAAUGUGGAAGCAUAGAUAUGGCACGUGAAUUGUUUGACAGAAUGCUUCAGAGAAAUGUUGUCUCAUGGAAUGCCAUGAUUGCAGGAUACGCACAAAACGGAUUUAUUGAAAAGGUUUUAGAAACUUUCAAGCAAAUGCAAUUGGCAGGUGUGAAGCCAAACUCCACAACCUUCGCCAGCAUCCUCCCUGCCUGUGCCAAAAUGAGAGAUUUGGAACGGGGCAUGGACAUCCAUCAAAGCAUAAAGGAAGGGGGAUUUUUAUCAGAUGUUACGGUUGCAACUGCCCUGGCAGAUAUGUAUGCAAAAUGUGGAAGAAUAGACAAGGCACGUGAACUGUUUGAUAGAGUGUCUCAAAGAGAUGUUAUCUCCUGGAAUGCAAUGAUUGCAGGAUAUGCACAAAAUGGAUUUGCUGAUAAGGCUCUCGAAACUUUCGAGCAAAUGCAAUUGGAAGGUAUUAAGCCAAAUUCCACAACCUUUGCUAGCACUCUCCCUGCCUGUGCCAAAAUUGGAGCAUUGGAACAGGGUAUGGGUAUCCAUCGAAGUAUAAUGGAAGGGGGUUUUGGGUUAGAUAUUAUAGUUGGAAAUGCUCUGCUAGACAUGUAUGCAAAAUGUGGAAGCAUAGACAAGGCACAUGAACUGUUUGGCAGAAUGCCUCAAAGAGAUGCUAUCUCAUGGAAUACAAUGAUUGCAGGAUACGUACAAAAUGGAUGUGUUGAUAAGGCUUUAGAAACUUUUAAGCAAAUGCAAUUGGUAGGUGUAAAGCCAAAUUCCACAACCUUUGCCAGCAUCCUCCCUGCCUGUGGCAAAAUGGAAGCUUUGGAACAGGGUAUGGGCAUCCAUCAAAGCAUAAUGGAAGGGGAAUUUUUGUCAGAUAUCAUAGUAGGAAAUGCUCUAAUAGACAUGUAUGCAAAAUGUGGAAGAAUGGACAAGGCAUAUGAACUGUUUGGAAGAAUGCAUCAAAGAAAUCUGGUCUCCUGGAAUGCCAUUAUUGCAGGAUAUGCACAAAAUGGAUUGGUUGAAAAGGCUUUAGAAACCUUCAAGCAAAUGCAAUUGGCAAGUGUAAAGCCAGAUUCCACAACCUUUGCUAGCAUCCUCCCUGCCUGUGGCAAAAUAGGAGCUUUGGAACAGGGUAUGAACAUCCAUCAAAGCAUUAAUGAAGAGGAAUUUUUGUCAGAUGUUAUUGCUGCAACUGCGCUGUUAGACAUGUAUGCAAAAUGUGGAAGCAUAGACAGGGCACAUGAACUGUUUGACAGAAUGCCUCAAAGAGAUGUUAUCACAUGGAAUGCAAUGAUUGCAGGAUAUGCACAAAAUGGAUUUGUGGAUAAGGCUUUAGAAACUUUCAAACAAAUGCAUUUGGCAGGUGUAAAGCCAAAUUCCACAACUUUUGCCAGCAUCCUGCCUGCCUGUGCCAAAACAGGAGCUUUGGAACAGGGUAUGGACAUCCAUCAAAGCAUAAUGGAAGGGGGAUUUUUGACAGAUAUUAUAGUUGGAAAUUCUCUGUUAGACAUGUAUGCAAAAUGUGGAAGCAUAGCCAAGGCGCACAAAUUGUUUGAAAGAAUGCCUCAAAGAGAUAUCAUAUCAUGGAAUGCAAUGAUUGCAGGAUAUGGACAAAAUGGAUUUUGCAAGGAUGCUCUCAAAAUAUUUAAAUUAAUGAAGCACUCUGGAACAUAUCCUGACAUUGUCAGCUUUGCUUGUGUUCUAUGUGCGUGCAGCCAUGCAGGUUUAGUGGAUGAGGGUUGUACAUACUUCAAUCAAAUGAGUAACUCUAAUUGCAUUACACCUACAGCUGAUCAUUAUGUGUGCAUGGUUGAUCUUCUUGGCCGUGCUGGCUAUCUUGAGGAUGCCCUAAAUUUUAUCAUUAAGAUUCCAGUUAAACCUAAGGUGGUUGUGUGGAUGUGUUUUCUUGGUGCCUGUAGAUCACAUAUGAAUAUAGGUUUAGGAGCAUUUACAGCAACGUUGCUUGUUGAUUUGGAUCCUACAAAUGCUGCAACUUAUGUUCUUCUCUCAAACAUCUAUGCCGAAGUGGGUAGAUGGGAUGAGGCUCAAAUGGUAAGGAGAUUGAUGAAAGAUAGAGGAAUUGAAAAGAUCCCUGGAUUUAGUUGGAUUGAAGGCCAUAAAAUGGUACAUGCUUUUUGUGUAGGAGGCAGAUCACAUCCACAGACACAGGAGAUCUAUGAAAGGUAGGAGAAAUUGGCCUGGGAGAUGAACACAUCAAUAUAUUUCCGAUAUUCAAGACAUUUACCUAAUGAUGUGGGAAAGGAGGAAAAUGAUUAUUUCACUAUCACCAUAAUGAAAAGUUCGCAAUUGCGACUGGUUUGUUAAAUCCACCCCAUUGAACAACUAUUAGAGCAGUUAAGAACUUUGAGUAUGUGCUAAGCAGUUAAGAACUUUGAGUAUGUGCUGACUGCCACAAAGCAAUAAACUAUAUCUCCAAGAGUGUUGCGCUCCAAGAGUUUUGCGAGAGAUGCCAACCAUUUCCUCAUUAUCAUUUUGAAGAGGGACAAUGUUCUUCUUGAUCUCGUUGGUGAUGCGAAAUCAAGCAGGGUGAAAAAUAGGCUUGUGCAACAAAAAUGUGCACUUUGUCAGGUCUGCAUUAAUAAUUAAGGGACAAGGUUUUAUCUUCGGUUUCUAGAAAGUUUUUUUUUUUAAUAAGUAUUUGGCAAUCUAGACCAUGCUGUUGGCUUUGUAAAAUUAAAUGAAUAGAGUGUGAUGCAGAUCAUUGCAUAAAUAUGUUUUUGUGGUACCUGUCAAAGAUCUCUAUUGCGAUAAUAUGGAUGUUUCAUUGAA